CUGCUGUGCAAUGUAUAAAAAGGGAAAGGGUCGAUGUUGGUGCGUUGAAUCUCACAAAUAGCUCACAGUUAUCAUGACCAUGGGAAGGAUUAUAUUCUAUGAGGACAGGAACUUCCAGGGUCGCUCCUAUGAGACCAGCAGCGACUGCCCGGAGCUCACCUCCUACCUGAGCAGGUGUAACUCCUGCAGGGUGGAGAGUGGCCUCUUCGUGGUCUAUGAGAAACCCAACUUCAUGGGCCUCCAGAUGCUGGUGAGGAGGGGCGAGUACCCCGACAACCAGCGGCUGAUGGGAAUAAGCACGAGUGAUUGCAUCCGAUCCUGCCGCAUCAUCCCAAUGCAACGAGGACCCUUCCGACUGAGGAUCUACGAGAGGGAGAACUUCGCAGGCCAAAUGCACGAGCUGGUGGACGACUGUGAGAACAUGAUGGACCGCUUCCGUAUUUCCGAGUGCCAGUCCUGCAACGUCAUGGAGGGCCACUGGCUGAUGUUUGAGCAGCCCAACUACAGGGGCAGGAUGAUGUACCUGAGACCAGGAGAGUACAGGAACCUGAGGGAGAUGGGGCUGAGCACGAGGUUCAGCUCCAUCAGGCGCAUCAUGGACGUCUGUUAGCGUCUGAGCCUUGAAUGUAGCUGGUGAAAACCAGAAUAAAGCAAGCUGAAAUCCA